GGGCGAAGCAGUGCGGCAAAUUCCUUGCAAACUCAACACCGCCAACCAAACCCAUUUUUCCCUCAUAGUGACUCCUCCUCCAACACACCCCCCUUUGUUUUUAUACCUCGUCUAGCCCCUCCCUGACAAUUCCUCUCUUGGAAUCUCCUUCAGAUCCUUUUUGUCCCGAGCAACCACCGCAGCUGCCGCAUGUUGGCUGGUAAGAUGUUCUCCCUUCGCACCGCUGUGCGGAGAGCUUCCACCAGCAAGCCCCUCCGAGCGUUCUCCGCACCGCACGUCGUCUCUCUCAGGGCCUCUGCAGUUCCGUUGCUGCAGGGCCGCCACUAUUCCCGAGCCUCCGAUUCGCACCUGUCGUCCACCCGGUCCACCGUGGUUCAGCUGCUGAGCAACAUCGGCUCCAAGCGUGAGGUCCAGCAGUACCUCUCCCACUUCACCUCUGUUUCCUCCCAGCAGUUCGCUGUGAUCAAGGUCGGCGGCGCCAUUAUUACCGAGCACCUUGAGACCCUUUCAUCCGCCCUCGCCUUCCUGAACCAUGUCGGACUCUACCCCAUCGUCGUCCACGGUGCUGGCCCCCAGCUGAACCGCAUGCUCGAGGCUGCCGGUGUCGAGCCUCAGUUCGAGGAUGGUAUCCGUGUCACUGACGGCAAGACAUUGGCUCUUGCCCGCAAGCUCUUUAUGGAGGAGAACCUGAAGCUCGUGGAGGAAUUGGAGCGCAUGGGCGUGCGCGCUCGUCCUCUCACCGCGGGUGUCUUCCAGGCCGAUUACCUCGACAAGGAGAAGUACAACUUGGUUGGUAAGAUCAACGGUGUCAACAAGAAGCCAAUCGAGUCCGCCAUCGAGGCUGGUUGCCUCCCCAUCCUGACCUCCAUGGCUGAGACCCCCGAUGGUCAGGUCCUGAACGUCAACGCUGAUGUGGCUGCGGGAGAGUUGGCGCGUGCCCUUCAGCCCCUUAAGAUCGUCUACCUGGCCGAGAAAGGUGGACUUUUCAAUGGCGACACCGGUGAGAAGAUUUCCGCCAUCAACCUCGAUGAGGAGUACGACCACCUGAUGACCCAGUGGUGGGUGCGCCACGGCACUCGUCUGAAGAUCAAGGAGAUGAAGGAACUGCUCAGCGAUCUGCCCCGUACUUCCAGCGUUGCCAUCAUCCAUCCCGCCGACCUGCAAAAGGAGCUCUUCACCGACUCUGGUGCUGGAACUUUGAUCCGCAGAGGCAACAAGGUCCACACCAAAACCGCCCUCUCCGGGUUCGAAGACCUGGGUAAGUUGAAGGAUGUGCUGGUUCGCGACCGUGAGGGUCUGGAUGCCCGCGCAACCGUUGACCGCUACGUCGAGGGCCUCAAGGAGCGUGACUUCAAGGUUUACUACGAUGAGCCUAUGGAGGCCCUGGCCGUGGUCCUCCCCCCCCAGCAGGACGCCGUUUCCCCCGCCGCCCACCUGGCUACCUUUACUAUUACCAAGGCUGGCUGGUUAACCAACGUCGCCGAUAAUGUGUUUGCCGCUAUCAAGAAGGACUUUCCCAAGCUUGUCUGGACUGUGAAGGAGGAUGACGAGAACCUCACAUGGUUCUUCGACAAGGCCGAUGGCAGCUUAAGCCGCGAGAAUGAGGUUCUCUUCUGGUACGGCAUUGAGAGCGGCGAGGAGGUUAAGCAGCUGGUUCAAGAAUUCAACCAGCACGGCCGCCAGAUGUUUGGCGAUAUUAACCUCGAAUCGCGUCUGCACCGUGCUGCCCAAGCCGCUACCAACAUUGGUAAAGGGUUCGGUGCCAGCGGUGCCUCCGCUGAGCAGAAGCGUGCGUUCUCCUCUGCGAGCAAUGCGCUGCGCGCUGCUCGUUCUGGACGCCCUAUGGUCCCCGUGCAAACCGUCCGAACUUACGCCACCACCAACCCCAACCCCCCUCUCGGUGCGAAGAACAACUCCAACCCCAAGCCCUCCAAGGUUGCUCUCAUUGGAGCUCGUGGCUACACCGGUCAGGCCCUGAUCAACCUGAUCAAUGGUCACCCUCAACUGGACCUGCGCCAUGUUUCUUCUCGCGAGCUGGCUGGCAAGAAGCUGCAAGGCUAUGACAAGCGGGAGAUCAUCUACGAGAACCUGAGCCCCGAAGAUGUCAAGCGCAUGUCCGCCAAUGGUGAGGUCGACUGCUGGGUUAUGGCUCUGCCCAACGGUGUCUGCAAGCCAUUCGUCGAUGCAGUCGACCAGGGUGCCCAGGACGGAAAUGUCAUUAUUGAUCUGAGUGCCGACUAUCGAUUCGACCCUAAAUGGACCUACGGUCUGCCGGAGCUUAUCAGCCGCUCCAAGAUUGCCCAAGCUACUCGAAUUGCUAACCCAGGCUGCUAUGCUACCGCUGCUCAACUCGCCAUUGCCCCUCUUGUUCCCUACCUCGGUGGACAACCCACCGUCUUUGGUGUUUCCGGAUACUCUGGUGCUGGCACCAAGCCAAGCCCUAAGAAUGAUGUUCAGAAUCUCACGAACAACAUCAUCCCCUACAGUCUGACCGACCACAUCCACGAGAGGGAGAUCAGCGCUCAGCUUGGCACUUCCAUUGCCUUCAUGCCCCACGUUGCUGUCUGGUUCCAGGGCAUUAGUCACACAAUCAGCAUCCCUCUCAAGGAGACCAUGUCCUCCCGGGAUAUUCGCAACAUCUACCAAGAUCGGUAUGCCGGCGAGAAGCUCGUUAAGAUCGUCGGUGAAGCUCCUCUGGUGAAGAACAUCUCUGGCCGCCACGGUGUGGAGGUUGGUGCCUUUGCCGUCCACUCCAGCGAGAACCGUGUAGUGGUAUGCGCCACCAUUGACAACCUCCUGAAGGGUGCCGCGACCCAAUGUCUGCAAAACAUGAACCUUGCCCUCGGAUACGGCGAGUACGAGGGUAUUCCUCUUGAAUAGAUUUUUUUUAGCGUUUGAUAUAUAUAUCUAGCCUCGUACCAAACUGGUUGGUCUAGUUGAAUGGUAGGUAUGUGAGAUAAUUCGAAUCAGGGUCUGUUUUUUUAUUUAUAUUUCUUUUUUUUUCCCCUCCUUCCUUUUUUUUUUUUUUUUUUUUCUUUUU